AUGUCCAGCAUCACAGACGAUUCUAGUUCCCCUAGGGGCCCAAGUCUCGACAGACAACGAGUCGCGUCGCAAAACUAUGAGAGCGACCCCGCCGAAAGCCUCAUGAGCGAGAGCAGCUCCGACAAGAAGACCGAUUUCGCCGUUGUAGAGGAUUCCCACGGCGUCAGGAGUAGGAACUCUGCCAGCGCGAUCCAGCAAUUUCUUCUUGAUGCCCUCCUCAUCAUACCAUCGAUAUGUUUCAUCAUUUACGGAAUGAUGGCCCUCCAGAAUAAUGGGAGGCCGAUUGAUGAGGACCCGGUUCCAGCCUUACGCAUGGCCGCAACAUAUAGCCCGACCAUCUUUCCUAUCGCCUUUGCCGCUGUUGCUGCGAAUUUGCUGAAAGCUGCAGCCGGCUGGAAGAUGGAGCGAGGCGUCACGGUUCUGAGUCUCGAGUACCUCCUUAGCUGCCGCACCGUCUUCAGUGCAGUAACGACACCCUUUACUUUACGGCGUGCAAACAUUCUGGUACCGUUCCUUGUCGCUCUCUGGGCCAUGUCACCUCUAGGAGGCCAGGCCGCUCUGCGUAUAAUGGAGAUGAUCCCUUCACAAGUAUCGGAGCCGUAUCCAUUCGAAUAUCUCGAGUUCAUGUCCGUCUUUCCACAUUCGAGUCCUGUGAGCUCGGCCGGAUCUAGUCUUAUGCCCUCGAUUCAAGGGACCUUCAUCUCAGCUCUAUCCAGUUCCGAGGAAGUCAAACUAGGGCCUCGAGAUGCUUUCGGGAACGUCAAGAUUCCGAUGCUUGAACACUAUCCACAGACAACGACAGCCGAUCCCGAGGGCUGGUACAAUGUCAGCCCCAAUGGGUCUGAUAUGAUUUGGUCUGCCAUUAUGGGCAUUCCUGUUGCAACACAGGGCGGUUUUUCUCGGGGGCAGAACUAUUCUUUCACCAUGAAUACUUCCUAUAUGAACGCAGACUGCUCAGUACGGCGCGGACAAGCAAUGAACCUCGGAAACUGGUCCAAAUACAUGAAUAAAACUGGGUUGUACAACACUGGCAGGGUUCUCAUCAUCAGGCCCGCCGGAGUUCGCAACAUAUUCAGCAAAACACCCAUGGAUCUCAUACUCGAAGCUUAUUACUUACCGAAGGAAAUAACCACCAAUGCUACGUGUGUUAUCACAACGACGCAUGCCGAAGUUGACGUUGCUUGCCAAGGACCUGUUUGUGGCUCUCGUCGCAUUAGACGAACUGAGAAGCCGGAGAACAUGACAGUGAGAACGGUAUUGGGUGGCAUUGCAGCAGAAGGGUCCCAGAAACUCGUGCCAGCGGGAGUUCUUAACGCAUUUAUGGAAACGCUCGUUCGAAUUACCCAAACACCAUGGGAGGCCCAGGGCAUGGGAAUGUACAAACCAUUCCCUUCACCAUUAGAGACCUACUUCACCCAUCCGAAUGCCCCAUUUUCCGCUCCAGGUAUUGGAAAUUGGAAUGGAACGGACAUCUACGAAGUCGGGGAUGCAGUGUUCUCCCAAAGACUUUCUCAGCUUCUCAACACAUUCUGGCUUUCUUCGGUGGCGUCUCUGAAUAUUUCAGGGAACUUCAACUUUCAGACGCACAGGAUGCUUCUAGGAGUUGAAAACACCAUCGUUCAAAACGUUACGGGUACAAGAACGCCAGAUCGACAGCGCCUCCACAAAGGCAAGUAA